AUGAGAAUCACCCCAGCUUUGAUUAUCUGUAUUGGAGAAGCAAUGUUGAAGAGGAGGGUGGCUAUGAGGCUUGGCUCGUGGGCAUCCCACGCUUGCACGAUCAUACCUGGCUUACCUCAAGGCUCUGCCUUAUCACCUGUUUUGUUCAACGUGUAUACAGUAGGAAUCACUUCUAGCCAACUGGAAGGCCCUGGCAGGACACUAAGCUUUAUGGACGACGGUCUCGCAUACCGCACAGGGAAAGACAGACAAGUGAUCGCCAGCAGUUUACAGAAAGAACUUGAUAGGAUGGGAGCAUGCUGUGAAGCAAAUAAAGGCAAAAUCCAUCUUGGAAAAGCAACAGUACUUUGGUGA